GUAUAAAGAACGUUGGAGGAGGGACCGGAAGUUGUUUUUUCUUCACUGUUUAAUUGGGCUUGAGUAAGAAAUUUGGAGGCGAAGCGUGAACACGGAUUUUCUUUGGGAUAAACGCACAGGGCUGGCUGCUAAAACGAUGCCGCACUCCAGGCGGUACCCGUCCUCGGAGAGGGCCAGCCGCAGCAGCUACCAAGAUCGUUAUCGUGAGCGGGACAGAGACAGAGGGAGAAAACCUCGGCAUCGCCGCUCACCGACGUUUUCCUCCAGCAGUGAACGUGAGAGGAGAGGGAGAGGACACAGACAGGAUGCCGGCUAUGCCAGAUCCAGGAGCUACGACAAUCGCUCUUCAGACCGCAGGCCUUACGACAGACACUACGGCGAGAGCUAUCGGCGCCUGGACCACAGCCGGGACAGGGAUCGCGACAGGGAACACGGGACGCUGAGCAACUACUACUCCCGCGAUGCCUCGCCCAGCUACGACUACCGCCGGGGCCGUGACCGGGAGCACGAGGACUCGUACCGGAGGAAAGGCAGCAGGCGUAAGCACAAACGAAGGCGGCGUAGAACCAGGUCCUAUAGCCCAUCGUCCUCGCGGAGUGACAGCGGGACGAGGGCACUGUGUGUGAGGGACGACGAGGAGGGUCACCUGAUCUGUCGGAGUGGCGACGUCCUGCAAGAGAGAUAUGAGAUCGUCAGCACUUUGGGCGAGGGCACCUUCGGGAGGGUGAUGCAAUGUAUUGAUCAUCGCAGGGGUGGAGCACGUGUCGCUCUGAAGAUCAUCAAAAAUGUGGAGAAGUACAAAGAGGCAGCCCGGCUGGAGAUCAACGUACUGGAACGUAUCAAUGAGAAAGAUCCUGAGAAUAAGAAUCUGUGUGUCCAGAUCUUUGACUGGUUCGAUUAUCAUGGCCAUAUGUGUAUCAGUUUUGAGCUGUUGGCUCUCAGCACUUUUGAUUUCCUCAAAGAAAACAAUUACCUGCCCUACUCCAUCAGUCAAGUGCGACAUAUGGCCUACCAGAUCUGCCUAGCUGUCAAGUUUUUGCAUGAAAACAAAUUGACCCACACAGACCUGAAACCAGAAAACAUUCUAUUUGUCAACUCUGACUUCACAAUCACAUACAAUGUGGAGAAGAAGCGGGAUGAGCGUACUGUGAAGAACACUGCAGUUAGGGUGGUGGAUUUUGGCAGCGCUACAUUUGACCACGAGCACCACAGCACCAUUGUUUCUACCAGGCACUAUAGAGCACCUGAAGUUAUUCUAGAAUUGGGCUGGAGUCAGCCGUGUGACGUGUGGAGUAUAGGCUGCAUACUCUUUGAGUACUACCUCGGCUUCACUCUCUUCCAGACUCAUGAUAAUCGGGAGCAUUUAGCCAUGAUGGAGAGAAUUUCGGGCCCUGUUCCUUCCCGUAUGAUUCGUAAGACUAGGAAACAGAAAUACUUUUAUCGUGGACGUCUGGACUGGGACGAGAACUCUUCAGCAGGAAGAUAUGUCAGAGAAAACUGCAAACCUUUACGGAGAUAUCUUCUGUCUGAAGCUGAAGAGCAUCACCAGAUGUUCGAUCUGAUCGAGGCCAUGCUGGAGUACGAGCCGACGAAGCGUCUCACUCUAGCUGCAGCCCUGAGACAUCCUUUCUUUCAGAGCACCAUCAGCAGCGCUGACCAGAGCUCCGGCAAGAGCUGGGAGGGCAACCGCGACAUCAGUCGGUGACAAUGACAUUCGUCUUCAACCAACGUCUCUGUCUUACGCCAAAAAACCCUGAGGACUCGCAUGCCAAGAGAGAUACCAUGGAGCUGAACUGACUUUGCAUAAAGUUUUCUAGUGAAGAGAAGUUAAAUAAAGCAGAAGUAUAUGAUUUCUCAAUCAUCUUCCCAUAAUGUGAGAACAGCUCCCGUGUGCAGCGGGAGAAUGUGAGGAACUUGGGACAUCUAGAAGAUCCCAGUAAACUGUCAUGCUUGUGUGAUUGAUUGGACAUUUGAAGGAUUUUUGAAUAAAUACUCCCUUCAGUUCAGUUCUUCCAGCCAAUUGUGGCUAAUGAUAUUUUUGGACAGCCAUAAGAAGAGGAACAUUUAUUUGAUGGGGAAAAAGCAUUAACGUAACACUCCAUUUGAGAAAGUAACUGACAAAACAGCAUCACUUUUACAAUAUAGUUAUUUAUCGGGCAAAUCUGUUUUGUGCAUUUUAGCCCUUCGCUGGUAAGCGCAGAUGCAUCGCAACACACUGUUUGUAUUCAGUUCAAUUCAAACCAAGUAACGGAGCAGCAGUGUUCUGGUGAUUGUGUCCCUCAGCACACAUUUACAGUAUUUAUUUAGUGAACCGGACAUCUCAUUUUGUGUAUUUGUAUGGAUUUGACUGUAUAAAUUUGUAAAUAUGAAUAAAUAUAUGUUGUGACUAUAGAAUAAAGGGCCUGUGUUUGCUUGCUGUGAAUGUUUUCACAGCGGCUCUCCAGGCAAAAUGUUUUUACAAUCA